AGGGAGGCGGAGCCUGCGACCCGGUGCAUGCCGGGCCGGCGGCGGGCGGGGCCUCGGGCCUGUCAUGGCGGCGGCGUCCGCUUCCCGGUUCUGGUUCUGGGCUGCGCUGCUCAUCCCUGCGGCCGCGGUCUACGAGGACCAAGUGGGCAAGUUUGACUGGAGACAGCAGUAUGUUGGGAAGCUUAAGUUCGCCUCCUUGGAAUUUUCCCCCGGAUCCAAGAAGUUGGUUGUGGCCACAGAGAAGAACGUGAUCGCGGCAUUAAAUUCUCGCACCGGGGAGAUCUUGUGGCGCCACGUUGACAAGGGCACGGCGGAAGGGGCUGUGGAUGCCAUGCUGCUCCAGGGACAGGAUGCAAUCACUGUGUCCAAUGGAGGCCGAAUCAUGCGUUCCUGGGAGACUAACAUUGGGGGCCUGAACUGGGAGAUCACCCUGGACAGCGGCAGUUUCCAGGCGCUCGGGCUGGUGGGCCUGCAGGGGUCGGUGAGGUACGUCGCCGUCCUGAAGAGGACCACGCUUGCCCUCCACCACCUCUCCAGUGGCCACCUCAAGUGGGUGGAGCACCUCCCGGAAAGCGACAGCAUCCACUACCAGAUGGUGUACUCCUAUGGCUCUGGGGUGGUGUGGGCCCUUGGCGUGGUUCCCUUCAGCCAUGUGAACAUUGUCAAGUUCAAUGUGGAGGACGGAGAGAUUGUUCAGCAGGUCAGGGUUUCAACUCCGUGGCUGCAGCGCCUCACUGGAGCCUGUGGCAUAGUGGAUGACGCUGUCCUGGUGUGCCCUGACCCGAGCUCACGAUCCCUCCAAACUCUGGCCCUGGAGACGGAGUGGGAGCUGAGGCAGAUCCCACUGCAGUCUCUUGACUUAGAAUUUGGAAGUGGAUUCCAGCCCCGUGUGCUGCCCACGCAGCCCAACCCAGUGGAUCCAUCUCGGGCCCAGUUCUUUCUGCAGCUGUCCGCAAGCCACUACGCCCUUCUGAACUACCAUCACGGGGCCCUGAGCCUGCUCAAGAACUUCCCCCAGACUGCCCUGGUGAGCUUUGCCACCACUGGGGAGAAGACAGUGGCCGCGGUCAUGACCUGUCGGAAUGAAGCGCAGAAACCUGGCAGUUCUGAAGAUGGGCCAAUGGGGAGCCUUUCAGAGAAGGCCAGUCCAAAGAACUCUCUGGCUUGCUUCAACCAGACCUACACCAUUAACCUCUACCUGGUCGAGACGGGCCGGCGGCUGCUGGACACAGCGAUCACAUUUAGCCUGGAACAGAACGGCACUCGGCCUGAGAGGCUCUACAUCCAGGUGUUCUUGAAGAAGGACGACUCGGCGGGCUACCGCGCCCUGGUGCAGACGGAGGACCACCUGCUCCUCUUCCUGCAGCAGCUGGCAGGGAAGGUGGUGCUGUGGAGCCGUGAGGAGUCCCUGGCAGAAGUGGUGUGCCUGGAGAUGGUGGACCUCCCCCUCACCGGGGCGCAGGCUGAACUGGAAGGAGAAUUUGGCAAGAAGGCAGACGGCUUGCUGGGUAUGUUCUUGAAACGCCUCUCGUCUCAGCUCAUCCUGCUGCAGGCGUGGACUUCGCACCUCUGGAAAAUGUUUUAUGAUGCCCGGAAGCCCCGAAGUCAGAUUAAGAAUGAGAUCCACAUCGACACCCUGGCCAGAGACGAAUUCAACCUCCAGAAGAUGAUGGUGAUGGUAACGGCUUCUGGCAAGCUUUUUGGCAUUGAGAGCAGCUCUGGCACUAUCCUGUGGAAACAGUAUCUGCCCAACAUCAAGCCAGAUUCCUCCUUUAAACUGAUGGUCCAGAGAACCACUGCCCAUUUCCCCCACCCCCCACAGUGCACCCUCUUGGUGAAGGACAAGGAGACGGGAAUGAGUUCUCUGUAUGUCUUCAAUCCCAUUUUCGGGAAGUGGAGUCAGGUGGCUCCCCCGGUGCUGAAGCGCCCCAUCUUGCAGUCCCUGCUUCUCCCGGUCAUGGAUCAGGACUAUGCCAAGGUGUUGCUGCUGAUAGAUGACGAAUACAAGGUCACGGCGUUUCCCGCCACUCGGAACGUCCUGCGACAGCUGCAUGAGCUCGCCCCUUCCAUCUUCUUUUAUUUGGUGGAUGCAGAGCAGGGCCGGCUCAGUGGAUAUCGGCUUCGAAAGGAUCUCACCACGGAGCUGAGCUGGGAGCUGACCAUUCCCCCAGAAGUGCAGCGGAUCGUCACGGUGAAGGGGAAACGCAGCAGCGAGCACGUCCACUCCCAGGGCCGCGUGAUGGGGGACCGCAGUGUGCUCUACAAGAGUCUGAACCCCAACCUGCUGGCCGUGGUGACAGAGAGCACGGAUGCACAUCAUGAGCGCACCUUCAUUGGCAUCUUCCUCAUUGAUGGCGUCACCGGGCGCAUCAUCCACUCCUCCGUGCAGAAGAAAGCCAAGGGCCCCGUCCAUAUCGUGCAUUCAGAGAACUGGGUGGUGUAUCAGUACUGGAACACCAAGGCCCGGCGCAACGAGUUCACCGCGCUGGAGCUCUAUGAGGGAACCGAGCAGUACAAUGCCACUGCCUUCAGCUCCCUGGACCGUCCCCAGCUGCCCCAGGUCCUCCAGCAGUCCUACAUCUUCCCCUCCUCCAUCAGUGCCAUGGAAGCCACCAUCACGGAACGGGGCAUCACCAGCCGACACCUGCUCAUUGGGCUGCCUUCUGGAGCCAUUCUUUCCCUCCCUAAGGCCUUGCUGGAUCCCCGCCGUCCCGAGAUCCCAACAGAACAAAGCAGAGAGGAGAACCUAAUCCCAUAUUCUCCAGAUGUACAGAUCCACGCAGAGCGAUUCAUCAACUAUAACCAGACAGUUUCUCGAAUGCGUGGUAUCUACACGGCUCCCUCGGGCCUGGAGUCCACUUGCUUGGUCGUGGCCUAUGGGCUGGACAUUUACCAAACUCGAGUCUACCCAUCCAAGCAGUUUGAUGUCCUGAAGGAUGACUAUGACUAUGUGUUGAUCAGCAGUGUCCUCUUUGGCUUGGUGUUUGCCACCAUGAUCACCAAGAGACUGGCACAGGUGAAGCUCCUCAAUCGUGCCUGGCGGUGAAGACCUGGUGUCCCGUGCCAGCGGGGGGUCAGCUAAGGAGCUGCGGCUGCAGUUUGGCCCCGAGUGUCAGGUGCUGUGGGGAGGAAGCUGGACCUUCACCCAGAGCUCAUUCUGGGACACACAUGAUGCAGACACCUGUGAACAGACACCGAACUCAGCCUCAGCUGCGGGUCUCAGAGCUAACGGCCCUGCUCCUGAAUCCAAAAGCUGCCGCUCUUGCCUUGCCCAUCCGUGUAUGUUCUGGUGUUUGAAGAUAAGACCUCCAACUGAUGCUUCUCUUCUGUGAAACUAUGUUGAGUUUGCCUUUUGUGCUUAUGUUUUCUCUACAAGGUCUUCUUUAUUUGCCUCUGUCUCCUGCCUCAGUGUCAGAGCUCUCUGACAGCUCCACCGCACGGGUGCAUUUGCUGUUCUACCCUGGGGAGACAGGAUCUGUCCUUAGCUGGGUUUGGGAACUGGUCCAGUCCCUCAGUGCAUCUCUCCAAAGUACCCUUGGCUUGAGGAAUCCACGUUUGGGAUCAAAACUCACUUUAACUGAGCGUCUGGUUUCAUGCUGUCAUCUGUGAGGUUCAGCUGCCCCAGAUUUUGUUUCAGUUCAUCAGAGCCAGGUACAGAAUCCUAUCUCGGUUGGGCAUUGGCUGUGCUCAUCACCAGAGAUGUGUGAGAGCCGGCUGAUUUAAAGCUACGAAUUGUCUGCACCUCGAAGAGGUUUCCGUAGAGGAGAGAUGAUCUAUCCUUUCCCUGGUAUCUCCUAGUCUCAUCUCACCCACAGACCAGUCUCGUCAUAACUAGAGAACCUUCUUUAGGGAUCCCUUUAUUUAUUCUUAGUUUCAGAUGUAAAUUAACAUGUGGGUCAUUUUAUUUGUCUUAAAGAAAGCACAUUUUACAUCUUACUGGUCUGAUGUUUGAAGCUUGAAAGGGCGGAGUCGGAAGCAGGCGCACUGUGGGUGGGGCAUUGCUGAUGGCUGGGCUGCUGUGUCUCUGCUACAGAUGAGAGGAACCCUGAAAGUUCUCUCUUGUUUGUGGAUGUGGGGAGUGAUGGGCUUAUCUGUACUGUGAAGAAUGAAAUGUACAAAUGUACAGAGAGUAGACCCCCUCUACCUGUAGGGAGAGAGGUUCACUCAAGUGUCUGAAUAAAGCGAAUGGGGAGUGACACUGA